AAGGAGCGCUUCCGUUGCUGGGAACCAUUUAAUCGUUUCCCACAAUGCUUUGUGUCCACGUCUGCUUCUUCCUGUUUAUUGUGAGCGUCUCCGCCGGGAACCUUAAGCUUCUCAAUUGACGUUUUCGUGCUCGCUGCUGCGAUCGCAGGGCUCGCAGCCUGAUGAUGGAUGACUCCGAAGCACAGCUGACCGUGUCGGAGGCGGAUGCUCUGGGCGCAGACUUCAUCACGGUGGAGUUGGACACGCAGCCCAUCGAGUACGUGGUCAAGUGGGCUGAGGUGGGCUCCAAGUUCACCAUCUCGUGCGUCAAGAAGGACUCGGACGACCCGUCGGAGCUGAGCAGCGAGCAGCUUAAGAUGGAGACGGAUGAGACCUUUUUCGCGCCCUACGAGGAGGUGUACCCUUGCGAGGUGACUGAGCAAAGCGUGGAGAUCAAGAUGGAGUCAGACGACGAUGAUGAUGAGGAGCAGCACCAGAUCCUGGUGGAGGUGGGCGGCCAGCCAGACGGCGAGGCCGACUCGGACCAUGGUGACCUAGAACCAGACGAGCGGCGCUAUCGCUGCGGAUACUGCGGCAAGUGCUACAGCCAUGCCUCCAGCCUGUACCGCCAUCAACAGACGCAUGCUGCCAAGGUGGCCGCCACGCCGGUGCCCGCCGGCGCCAAGCGUACCCUGGAGCCUGCACAGCAGGAUGCGCGAUACGCCUGCCAGCACUGCGGCAUGACUUUCAAGGGCAGCAGGAUGCUGGGGAGUCACCUGCGGCUGCAUGGCAAGAGGCGCAUCCACCCGUGCAACAUUUGCGGCAAGGAGUUCAACCACAGCUCCAGCUUGUCGCGACACCGCCUAAUCCACAAGAAGGCCAAGGACGGCAUCGCCAGCCACACUGCGCCCGCCUGCUCGGCCUACCGCCCCUCGCCCAAGGGCAAAAGGGCCAAGCGGCGGAGGCUGCCGUCGGGCGUCAUGCAGGUGCCAGGCCCAGACGACAAGUUCUACGCCUGCCCGCAGUGCGAGAUGAGCUUUCGCAGCUCCGCCGCACUCUCCAAGCAUCAGGUGACUCACGUGAAGGAGCUUCUGGACAGCUACGCGCAGCCCGGCAAGGAGAACCUGGCUGAAAGCUCAUCCGACCUAAAGAUCCGGCUCAAGCUGUGCUCCCGCGACAAGCCCAACUUCUACACGCUCUGCAAGAAGAAUCGCCGGCGGCGCCGCCACCCCAAACAAGGCCCAGACGACGCUCAGGACGAGGAAGAUGGCGCUGGUGCCCCGGAGGCUCACGGCUGUGGCCUUUGCGGCAAACGCUUCAGCCACACCUCCAGCUUGGCGCGUCAUCAGCUGAGCCACCAGGUGGUGGCGGCGGCGGACGGCGGCCAGCGCGCCAAGACCAAGACCUUCACCUGCGCCGCCUGCAACAAGACGUUCAUGCACUCGUCCAGUUUCUCUCGCCACAAGAAGGCGCACCUGGGCGCCGCCAAGAGGGCCAUCUUAGACGAGACGGCGCCCAUCGAGUCCGACUCCGACUGACCGCCGGAAGUGACUUGCGCUUGGGCGGGACGGCAAGUGUACAUAACGGACGUGGUCAAAAGGUCGCUCUCGCCCCCUCAUCGGCCCACACACCCUCCCCCACCCCAAGAAGAACCAGAGGACGCUCCAGUCUAACCUCUACGGUCUCUGCGUGAUGAAAUGGGAUGGAACGCGCCAUUGCCGCCGCCAUGUUUCCGCGGCACGUCUGCCCGCCUCGUCUCUGAGUGAUCCGAUUGGCCGCUUGAUCCGUUUGUUGAGUCCAUGUUGUGGUAUGCAUGAAGCUGCACGGCCAUCAUUGUAGUUUUGGGCGAGGGGAGUGAGGCGCAUGGCCGGCGUAAAUAGGAUUUUGAAAUGAUGACGUCAAAGGUAUUUAAAUGUCAUUUGCACCCUUAAGAAGGCAGGUGAUCACAGUAGUAAGGGCCCCCUCGUCAACAGCAGGAAAAACAAAAUGUUUACAUGACAGUUCCAUUUGAGGUAAAGAUUUGGCUACUUACUGAUCAUUGAUCGGUCCGUUUGAACAGCAGAGAACGUGUGGUGUGUUGAUGACAUUGUGAAUUCUGACAGGUGUCCAGGCUGAAAGUUUGUAUGAAAAUGGAAACAGAUCGUCGUUCACCUUUAGCCUCCAUGUUGUAUUGCAUCAGUGUCGUGUUUGCUCAUUAGCACAAAGCCUUGAUGUGUUCAUUUUGUAAUAAAUCUGGAAAAGGAUGGCUUA